ACACUUCUUUAAUUUCUUCUCUCUCUCUGUUUGAGUGUUCGAAUCUCCAAGCUCCUCUCACAUGGCAGCAGCGUCCGCAUAGUUUUACAGCUGAAGAACUGUUUUUGCUAAUCCACACCAUAGUAGAAGAAGAAAAAGAGAAGAGAUUAUAUAAAGCUGGCGACUUUUAGUCCGAGGCGAGCAAUGGCUGAGUUACGGCACUCGAGCUCUAUCGGGAGCCGAUCUUCUUCUUCUCCGUUACGUGCCGGCGGCGGAGAUGAGGACUCGUCAUCGCCUCACGUACACGAUCACUCUCCUAACGGCGGAGACGACGAAGAUGGUCGCCCACGUCAUCCUUCUAGAGAUCGAGACCGUCCGAUCUGGUUUCACUCUUUGUUUCCUUUUUUCGGUGACGAUCCUAUUAGGGUUUCUCCUCAGAAGAAUAAAAUCUCGCUUCUUUUGAUUUUGAUUCUCGCUAUUGCUAGCUUGAUCUCUCUUUAUGGGCUUAUUAAUCACUUGAACACGCCAUAUUUAUGUAAAAAAGAUGGGAUUGUGCUCAACUGUCCACAUGUAAAUGAGUCACCUUCUCCAUGGGUGAAUCCGUUGUCUGCAACAACUUCUUGGAAGCCUUGUGCUGAGCGGCGGAUUGGUGGAGUCUCAGAUCUUCCUCCUGAGAACGAAACAACUGGCUAUGUUUUCAUUCAUGCUGAGGGUGGUUUGAAUCAGCAGCGAAUUGCUAUCUGUAAUGCAGUAGCUGUUGCCAAGAUUUUGAAUGCAACUCUGAUUCUACCGGUACUGAAGCAGGACCAAAUUUGGAAAGACACAACAAAAUUUGAAGAUAUUUUUGAUGUAGAUCAUUUUAUUGAUUACUUGAAGGAUGAUGUCCGAAUUGUUCGAGACAUACCUGACUGGUUCACUGACAAAGCAGAGCUAUUCUCUAGUAUAAGAAGAACAGUCAAAAACAUUCCUAAAUAUGCAGCAGCCCAAUUUUAUAUAGACAAUGUUUUACCACGGAUAAAGGAGAAGAAGAUUAUGGCCUUAAAGCCUUUCGUCGAUCGACUUGGGUACGACAAUGUACCUCAAGAAAUCAACAGAUUACGAUGCCGUGUAAAUUAUCAUGCUCUCAAAUUUCUCCCAGAGAUAGAGCAGAUGGCUGAUUCACUUGUUUCUAGAAUGAGAAAUCGCACUGGCAACCCGAAUCCGUAUAUGGCCCUUCAUCUUAGAUUCGAAAAAGGAAUGGUUGGUCUAUCGUUCUGUGAUUUCGUUGGGACAAGAGAAGAGAAAGUUAAAAUGGCAGAAUACAGACAAAAGGAAUGGCCUCGGCGUUUCAAGGUGACAUUUAUAAGUGGUUGA